GACCGGGUGGUAAAAACCAAAUCGGAGACGAAGCAAAGAGAACACGCCAGAAACAAAGCGAGCACUCCGACCGCCCAACGCCAUGCCGCUCCUCCACGGCGCCAGCCUCCGGGCGCUCCUCGCCGGCGCCGCCGUCGCCCACCUCUCUUCCUCUCCCAUCGUGCGCGCCUCCCCGUGCGCUCCUCCCCAGCCGCUGCGGCUCCGCGCCUUCGCCUCCCACAGCGCCUCGGAACCUCCGCCGCCGCCCCCCUCCUCGCCAUCGCCCUCGACCUCGCGGGUCCUCGCCUCUGCGGCCGCGGCGUGCGACUGCGAGGAGGGAGCGAAGCCCGCGAUCUGCACGGCGGACGAGCUGCACUACGCGCCCGUGCCAGGCACCGAGUGGCGGCUCGCGCUUUGGAGGUACCGCCCGCCGCCUGAGGCGCCCAAGAGGAACCACCCACUGAUGCUGCUGUCCGGAGUGGCCACCAAUGCGGUGGGAUUCGACCUGUCCCCUGGGGCUUCCUUUGCCCGUCAUAUGUCUAUGCAAGGGUUUGAUACAUGGAUUGUUGAGUUGCGUGGUGCAGGCCUCAGCACACGUGGAUCAGAAUUAGCUGCAGCUAGCACCAAGUCUGACAUGUCCUCUAAUUCAGGUGUGGAUAAAAUUUUGACACAGAAAGUAAAUGUUGUUCCUCCUGCCAAGGAUAUGUCAACUAAUGAACCUCAAAGUUCUGAAGUUCCAGUACUAACAGACACGAAUGUGCUAGAAACAAACACAUCAGAAGAACCACAACUGGUGACAAAGUUAGCAAAUGCUUUGGCACAAUUGAGUGUAACAUUUUCAGUCUAUGUAAGAGAUAGCCAACUCAGAAACAUCACUGACAGUUUUUUUGAUCGAGUGACAGAACUUGUCCCUGAUGCCUCAUUAACUAGUAGUCUUGAGGAGGUUGCAGAUAAAUUUCUAGGGUUGAUGGAAUUGCCACAGACAUCAGCAAUAUAUGAUCAAAUUAGCCAAUUAAGUCAGCGCCUUGUGAAGAUUCUUGGGGAAGGUCAACAAAAUGUUUCCCCUCGGUUAUUUGGCUGGCAAGAACGCCUCUCCGCAACCAUAGAAGAUCUCCAAAAGCAGUUGGAGCUGAUUAUUAGCUAUGAUUGGGACUUUGACCAUUACCUGGAGGAAGAUGUACCUGCAGCGAUAGAUUAUAUAAAACAGCAGAGUGUACCCAAGGAUGGAAAAUUGCUUGCUAUUGGUCACUCUAUGGGAGGAAUCUUGUUGUAUGCAAUGGUUUCGAAGUGUGGAUUCGAAGGGGCUGAUCCAGAGCUGGCAGCGAUUGUUACUCUGGCCUCAUCAGUUGACUACACAACAUCCAACUCCUCGCUCAAGUUAUUUGUGCCUCUUGCAGAUCCAGCUGAGAUGUUGCGUGUUCCUGCUGUCCCACUAGGAACAUUACUAUCAACCACUUAUCCUAUAUCAUCUCGUGCACCAUACAUAUUGUCACUGCUACGCUCUCAAAUUUCAGCCAAGGAUAUGAUGGAUCCUGAACUGCUUUCAAAGCUCAUCUUGAAUAACUUCUGCACAGUACCAGCAAAGGUGUUAUUACAGUUGGCGACCUCAUUCCGUGACGGUGGGCUGCGAAACAGGGCUGGUACUUUUUUCUUCAAAGAGCAUCUGCGGAAAAUCAAAGUUCCGGUGCUUGCCCUUGCUGGAGACGAGGAUCUGAUUUGCCCCCCAGAAGCUGUUUACGAAACCGUGAAAGUAAUUCCUCAGCAUCUGGUCACCUAUAAGGUUUUUGGUAAACCUGAAGGCCCUCACUAUGCACAUUAUGACCUGGUUGGAGGGCGGAAGGCUGUCCAUGAAGUGUACCCUUGCAUAAUAGAGUUCCUCUCUCAACAUGAUGAUGUGUCUUCUUAAACUCUUACUGUCCAUAUACAUCACACGCCAUUGCACAAUGGUCAUCCUACAUUGCGAUUGGAUGAUACUGUAAUCACCAAAAUGUCAGUGAAGUGGUGAGUAACAGAAGUGUUUUUUUCUGUCUCCUUUGCGCAGACCAAGCUUCUAGUUUGUUUCUUCACAACCGUUGAUCGUUAGUGUAGUGUGUCUCCUGUAAAUGCUAUGUACAUUACCAAAAGGGGGGAUUGAAGAUGAUUCAACUAAAUUUUGCUUCGUGCCUACCCUGGUACUGAUUACUGUUAGCAAAAUUAAAUAAAAAGUGUAUGUUGUCGGUCAUGUUUGUAUUGAUGAAAGCACUUAAAAUUGUACUA